AAACUUCAAAAAAUCUUUGUGUUUUGAUUGGUUGGUAACCUAGGUGUGGUGUGAGCAAACUGAAUCACUGACCAGUUUUAUUUACCCGAAGAAAUUCCUCUUCAGUUAAUCUACGUUGUUCUUUUGGAUAUAAACGCUUUUUACCUUUGCUUAAACUAACCAACACCAUGUCUUCCCGUAAAACCGUAAGCCGUCGUGGAACAACGAAAAAACGUGCUCAAAGAGCCACCUCCAACGUUUUUGCCAUGUUCGAUCAGGCUCAAAUUGCUGAAUUCAAAGAAGCAUUUAACAUGAUUGACCAAAAUCACGAUGGGUUUGUUGACAAAGAAGAUCUCCACGACAUGUUGGCUUCUUUAGGUAAAAACCCCAGUGAUGAUUACUUGGAUGGAAUGAUGAAUGAAGCGCCAGGCCCUAUUAAUUUCACCAUGUUCUUAACACUUUUUGGUGAACGCCUUCAAGGUACUGAUCCAGAAGAUGUUAUUAAGAAUGCUUUUGGGUGUUUUGAUGAAGAAAAUACAGGCGUAAUCAAUGAAGAACGUCUAAGGGAAUUAUUAACAACCAUGGGAGAUAGAUUUACUGAUGAUGAGGUUGAUGAGAUGUUUAGGGAGGCUCCAAUUAAGGGGGGAGUUUUCGAUUAUGUUGAAUUUACUCGUAUUUUGAAACAUGGAGCUAAGGAAAAGGAUGAACAAUAAGUUUUGGGUAUAUUUGAUUCGAGUAAAAAA